AUGGCACUCAGUAACAAGCUGGCCGUCAACACGAUUAGACCGAUUAAAAGCACUAAUUGUGCAAAUGUUUUUAUUCUGUGCUCUAACAUUGUAAUCAAAACGGCGCAAUACGGCGAUAAAGCUAUGACCGCUUGGACCAUGUUCAGUUGGAGAAGAUUAUACAAUGGAAGGGGGGUAGAGACUGCUGAGGACUCGAGAGUGGAGCUACCGGCCGAUACCAGGCAACUUGUUUACAAUGUCUACGUUUACUUCAGUAGGCGACCGGGGAGAAGUGCGAAGACAGCUAUUACGAAAACCGCACGGGCGACAAUGGUGCCGAGGGAUAUAGUAGCUGAUAUAAUACGGGAUAAGUGUCAAGAAUAG